CUGCGCAAAAAGUCCUGUGUGGUGACGGAUGUCUCAAAGUUCAGAACUUUUUCCGAAUAGUUCCAAGGAUGGGGACCGCUUGAAGACGUUUCUUUUUUUCAUUAUAAAUAUUGUUAUUAUUUUUUUUUUUUUAAAGUAAAGCAGCAAGGCGCUGUGAUUUGAACCAUCAUCGGAGGGAGAAGUGGAGCUCACCCUUUGCAGACUCCGGAUCAAAGCGAAGACAUGCAGGCUCGCUACUCCGUCUCCAGCCCCAAUUCUCUGGGCGUCGUUCCGUACAUCAGCAGCGACCCCAGCUACUACAGGGCCGCUGCCGGUGGGGGCUACACGGGGAUGGCAGCGCCUAUGAACAUGUACUCUCAUGCGGCUCAUGACCAGUACCCCGCCAGCAUGGCCCGGGCUUACGGACCAUACACUCCCCAGCCUCAGCCCAAGGACAUGGUGAAGCCCCCUUACAGCUACAUCGCGCUCAUCACCAUGGCGAUCCAAAACUCGCCCGACAAGAAAGUGACCCUGAAUGGGAUUUACCAGUUCAUCAUGGAGAGGUUUCCAUUCUACCGAGACAAUAAGCAGGGCUGGCAGAACAGCAUUAGACAUAAUCUGUCUCUGAAUGAGUGUUUUGUCAAGGUGCCCCGCGAUGAUAAGAAGCCCGGCAAAGGCAGCUACUGGACCUUGGACCCGGACUCCUACAACAUGUUCGAGAAUGGGAGCUUCCUGAGGAGGAGGCGGCGGUUCAAGAAGAAGGACGCGCUGAAGGAGAAAGAGGAGCGGCUGCAGAAGGACUUGCCGCCGAGACAGCAGGGCAGGGAUCAGGACCAGCCAGUGCAAGGCUCCCAGCCCGUACGGAUCCAGGAUAUUAAGACAGAAAACGGGGCCGUCACGCCGCCGCAGGCCGACUCGCCCUCUUUGAACGCAGUGCCCAAAAUCGAGAGUCCAGAUAGCAGCAGCAGCAUGUCCAGCGGGAGCCCGCACAGCAUCCCUUCCAGCAGGUCCAUCGCUAUGGACAGCUCCGAGCACCACCAGCAGCAGCACCACAGUCAGGCCUCUACGCAGGGCUUCAGUGUGGACAACAUCAUGACCUCCCUCCGGGGGUCUCCACAAGGGGUCACCGAGCUCCCCUCCAGCCUGACCGCUUCCACUAGAACAACAGGUAUAACGCCAUCUUUGUCCCUAAACUAUUCUCCAAAUCAGACAUCUGUCUAUAGCUCGCCUUGUAACCAGAACUCCAUCUCUACUACCUCCAACGCUACCUAUCAUUGUAACAUGAGCCUUUACGCUGGGGACAGGUCGAGCCACUUGGCACCGAGCACCGUGGACGAAACGUUGCCAGAUUACUCAGUCACAACCACCUCGUCCUCCUUGACCCACGCUAACCUGAACUCAGGGCAGGAGGGCCCUCAUACCCACCAAGGGAGGCUAGCGUCAUGGUACCUGAACCAGGCCGGAGACCUGGGCCAUCUGGGUGCAACGUACCCGGCGCAGCAGCAGAACUUCCACUCAGUCCGUGAGAUGUUCGAAUCCCAGAGGAUUGGCUUGAAUAACUCACCGGUGAAUGGGAAUAACAGCUGUCAGAUGUCAUUCCCACCGAGUCAGUCCAUCUAUCGCACUUCGGGAGCUUUUGUAUACGACUGCAGCAAAUUCUGACCAAAAACCAAAGAAAAAUGAAAAGAAAGAAGGAAAGCUCAGUAUUUUCUUAACCACACGGUGUUUGAACUCUGUCAUUAAAACCCCUUUUUACCUCUUUUUCCUGCCCCAUGACAGUAUGGACAAAUGUGAGACAUAAAAAGACAGAAAAGACUUGAUCUUGGUUUUUUCUAAAGAACAGUGUUACAUCAAAUAACACGUAAGUUUCUUUCUUUCUUUUCUUUUUUUUUCUUUUUUUCCUUUUUUUGCUUUUCUGGCUUUAUGUGAUAUUUUAGAGAUGUGUCACUUGUCUUGGACGUGUAUUGCAUAGAUAGUAAUUUAUUUCUAAAACUGUCGCCAAAUAUUAUGGACCAAACACUCCAAAAGUGUUUCUAAAUUGAAUUGCCAUACCUGUCCAAACGUAUGUUCCACUAUAAAAGUAAAGAAGAAGAAAUGGAACGUGUAUAUCACCGUGAUAUUUUAAUUAAAUGUUGAAAAGUAUUCUGAAGGAUUUGUUUCUUUGUUAAAUAAAUUGUCAUUUUAUGUGA